AUGGGUGGUAAACCGGCGUCCUGUGGCAACAGUGAAAACCCAUGUUCCGUCGCCUUCGCUAACUUUCUGAAGGAGAAAUUAGUCAUCGUCGCAUGUGUCGCUUUUGGCGUCUGCGUCUUGCAGUUACUCAGCAUUAUAAUUGCUUUUUGCCUUGGCAAUCGCAUACAGAACUACGAAAAUAUUUAA